AUGGCCUCUCGCUCUUCCUCUACUUCUACUUCUACUUCUUCUACCUCUCCCUCCCCCCUUUCAACCUCCGCUUCCACCACCACUCCCAGUUCCUACUUCACCUCUCUCGUGCGGAGACGCCAACAAAAGAAAAUGAGCAUCACUCAAACAUACUACCUCGCCCACACCGCCCGCAAGAAGCUCACCCGGGAAGCUUCGCGGGCAGACCAUGACCUCCGCCUCCUCGUUGGCCAUGCCAACCUUCUGGAUUCCCUCAUGCUGGAAUUGGCCGAUGCCGAAAGAGAACAAGAACGUUGGUUCAACCAAACCGUCAGCGGAGUGACCAAGACCUCUUCGCAAGGUUCGGAAUCCCGACACAUCCAAUGGGCAGAAACCGUGGUCGAAGACCCAGAAGAGGACUGGGAUCCCGAAGACCUCUCCGACGCCGACUCCGAUGUCAGCGACUCCGACUCCGACUAUGAUGAAGAUGAAUAUGAAGAUGAAUCUCACAUCUAUACCCCCGUGCGUCGGCGGGCCCCGUCACCUGUCGCCAUCAUCACCGAAAAGGAAGUGGAGGAGGAUUACGAUUCCGACUCGGACUCGGACUUUGAAUACGAUGACGCGGAAGAUUUGGAGGAAUUGACCUUGACCCGCUCACCCUCCCGACAAACCCCUCCCGACUUGCUGUCGGACUCGGAUGGGGAAUCAGAAGACGACACCAUGCCCCCGUCGCCUCCCCAACCGACACUUGAAACAUUCAACGAGAAGGAACCUCAAACCACAGAGAUCCCCCUCUCCCCUACGGAUCUCGACAAUGGGUAUUACGUCCCUGGCCAGGCACGCAGCACGAUUAUCGAGGCGUACUGA